AUUUUUGUUCGUGGCGUUUGUGACUUGUGAGUAUUCCUUUUGCCUGCUUUUGCUCUUUCAAGAGUUCGAGUAUCGUUGAGUGUAUAUAAGUAUGUAUUCAAUCUAGAUAAGAUUUUAUUGAUAUCGCAAAUGUCUUUGCUGAACGAGUGAAUUUUAUGCAAAAGUUUUAGUACUUAUAAUGUUCUCUAAUUAAUAAAUUAGAGCUUUAAUUGUGGAAAGAAAUGUGAUACUCAACUUUACUGCUGAAGUAUUCCAUAGUACAUCAAUUGUGAAUUCAAAACUUGAAUAAUUUCUAUUGAGCAAAAAUCCCGGCAGAAGAGCCACGGAACGGUUGUAUACAGUGAUCAAUCGUAAUAAUUUUGACUGCCUUAAGAGAUCAUAUUUUUACUGCGUUUAAAUAGAUGCCAUGGGUUUUGAAGAUGGAAGAAGUGACUCGGAAGAGGAACAUGAUAAAUCCAGAAGCAGUAGUCCAGAUUCACAAAAAUCAGGCAGCAAUGUAGCAGAAAACAGAUCAAAAUCACAUUCGCCUAGUCCGAAAUCUUCACCCACCAGGUCGAACCAAUCGUCUCCGGCACGAAAUGGAUCACCAGCAUCUGUCCAUUCUCAUGCAAGUUCUGGAAAGUCUUAUUCUAGAUCACCAUCCAGAUCACCUUCGCCGAAUAGAUCUGUUUCACCAUUAAAUGGCAAAAGGAGUGUAUCUAGAUCACGUUCUAAAUCCAAUAGUCCGAAACAUACAGAAACAAGUGCAAGAGAUGGCUCCCGAUCACCGGCACAUUCGCAUCAUUCUAUUAAAUCAGGAUCAAGAUCUCGAAGCUCCUCUCACUCUUCGUCCAGAAGUUCUCGUGCAGCAUCAAGAAAUAAUUCACGUUCAAGAUCAAGAUCAAAUUCCCCAAAACCAGGCGAUACUCCAUCUAAAUGUAUCUCGCCAAAGGCAAACUUCCAAUCGUCUUCUAGAUCUCCUUCACCCCGGGCAAUUUCCAAAUCCCGUUCUCGUUCGAGAUCUCUCUCUCGAUCUCAUUCUGGUUCUCCAAAAGCAUCGGUCCAUUCGCGCUCUCGAUCGGGCACUCCAAAAUCUUUUCGAUCAAGAUCCAGAUCCAGAUCAAGAUCAAGAUCAGUAUCAGUUAAUCCAAAAGACGUUAGAGCUAGUUCAAGAUCAAGAUCAAGAUCUUUAUCUAGAUCUUUAUCCAAAAAAGGUUCUUGCUCACCUUCGGCAUCACCUCCUCCAAAUCAAUCUCCUAUAAUAGCCAGACAGUCAAGAUCAAGGUCAAAGUCUGUUAAUAGCUCUAGAAAAGGUUCUCCAGAUUUGGAAAAAAGCCCCCGUUUUAGAUCUCGUUCCAAUUCAGCAGAUAAAAAAUCUAAAUCAAGAUCUAGAUCAAGGUCUGGAUCCAGGAAACAAUCGAGAUCUCCUUCGCGAGGACGAGUUUUAUCACGUUCAAAAUCCAAAUCUAGAUCGAAAUCUAGAUCGUUAUCGGGUUCGAGAAAAGGUUCACGUUCAAGAUCACGAUCAAGAUCGCAAAGAUCUGGAUCUAGAGGAAAAUCAAGAUCUGUAUCAGGUUCACGUAAAGGUUCUGUAUCUCCUGCACAUUCGAGAAAGAAUUCUCGUUCAAGAUCUAGAUCCAGCUCGCGGUCCAGUAAAUCUAAAUCAAGAUCCCGUUCUAUUUCAAGAGCUUCGCGAUCAAGAUCUCGUUCAGGAUCCAGAAAGUCGAUAUCAAGGUCGAGAUCGCGAUCUCGUUCAAGGUCCAAGUCUAGUUCGAGAUCACGUUCAAGCUCACGUUCAAGAUCAAGGUCUAGGUCGAAAUCAGGUUCAAGAUCAAGAUCGAGGUCAGGAUCAAGAUCGAAGUCACGUUCACGAUCUCGAUCAAAAUCGAAAUCACAUUCUAGAUCGAGAUCAAAAUCUGGAUCAAGCGUUAGAUCUAGGCAUUCAUCGCGUUCUAAAUCCCGAUCUAAAUCACGAUCUAGAUCCGCCUCUGGAUCUAGAAAAUCCAGAAGCCGUAGCAGAGAUUCGGAUGGAGUAGUUAGAAGGCGUAAAAGAGUAUUAUCGGAUUCUGAAGAAGAAACUGAUGAAGCUAAAGCAAAGAAACAAACGAGAGAUAAGUUGACUGAUUCCGAACAUGAAGAUGAGAAUGAAAAGAAAAAGGACGAUGAGGCACAUCAAGAAAAGGAAGGUGAAGGUGAAGAAAAUAAAUUAUUGGAUGUAACUGCUAAAGACCAACAGGAUGAAGAUUCUGACGAUGGAAUUAUUACUAGUGGUGGAAUGGAUGAUUUCGAUAUGUUGUCUGAUUUCGAUCGCAUGUUAGCACGAAAAAAAGAAGAGCAAUCGCGUAGACGUAAACGAAAAGAUAUCAGUCUCAUCAAUGAUAAUGAUGAUAUUAUAGCACAAUUAUUAUCAGACAUGAAAGGUGCAGCUGAGGAGGAUAGAAGAUUAAAUCAACAAAAUAAACCUGCCACAAAUAAGAUUUCCAUGUUAUCGAAAGUAUUGUCGCAGCUUAAGAAGCAUGAUUUACAAUUGGCCUUUUUGGAACACAAUGUAUUAGCGGUUCUUACCGACUGGUUAGCACCGAUGCCUGAUCGUUCGUUGCCUUCUCUUAAAAUCAGAGACAAUCUUCUAAAACUGUUGUGGGAGUUUCCAAAAAUUGAUCAAUCUUCACUGAAGCAAUCCGGUAUUGGAAAGGCUGUGAUGUAUCUUUAUAAGCAUCCAAAAGAAACUAAAGAAAACAAGGAACGUGCUGGGAAAUUGAUCAAUGAGUGGGCUCGACCGAUUUUUAAUUUAUCAGCGGACUUUAAAGCACUUUCGAAAGAGGAGAGAGUGCAGAGGGAUCUGGAGCAGACGCCUCAGAAGAGAAGGAAAAUUGAGGACGGUGGAUCCUCCCAAAAAUCACAGGAUAUUAAUAAAGCCCUGAAAGGAGAUUCCAAACCAUUGAGACCAGGAGAUCCUGGAUGGGUAGGAAGAGCCAGAGUUCCCAGGCCAUCUAAUAAAGAUUACGUCAUACGGCCUGAUUGGAAAUCAGAUGUUGACAUUAGUAGAAGCACCAAGAAACAAAUGAGCCGAUUCGAGAGACAUAUGAAGAACUAUAUGGACAGUAAACGUAUGAAGUCAACGAGAAGGGCAGUAGAUAUAUCUAUAGAGGGUCGCAAGAUGUCUUUGUAAUAUGUGUUUCUUGUAUUUUAUACACGGCCGGAAUUAAACCUGUGUCAAUGCUUGCUAUCUCCUGACAAUUUCGCGGGAAAAGUUAUGACGGCUUAAUUGAUGUACUUCUCGCGUAAAUUUCGAGUUAGGUAAAUUAGAGAUAGAUUAUGCAGUUAAAAUAUGUUCUUUAUUUUUUUCUGAUAAUUGGCAUUACAUAUUUAUUUGCAGACGAAAAAGUUAGUGAUAGUUUUAUUUUAUACAACAAAUUGAUAGUAAAAUAGCAUGCAAUUUUAGUAGACAAUUAAAAAAAUAAUUAUAAAUCUAAAACUUGAAUUGGAUUGUUCCAAUUAAUUUUGAUGAAGAGAUUUAAGGAACUUGCUUAUAAGUUAAGCAUUAAUAAUAUUAAGUGAUGUAUUAUUUAAAGUGUCUAUAAAUAGAAUUAAAUAAAUAUACACGUUUAAAUUUGUGUAUAUUUUGUUUUGUAAAGCUGACUGAUAUUAACGUUUUAUGCAAUUGAAGGAGAUAUAAUUGAAACAUGGUUACAUAUAUUAAUAAAGUGUUUCACGGAUGUUGGAGUCGAAAAAAAAUUAUGUUCUCUUUGUAUAAGAUUAGCAAUAAAACCACAUGCUUUUAGAAACAAUUUAUUAUUAUGAAAAA